AUGACAAGACUACCCUUUCUUCUCCUCCUCCUCCUCUUCCUCGCCGCCGUACCCUUCCACGUAAUUUCUCAGGACGAACGGACCAUCCUCCUCAACCUCAAGCGCCAGCUCGGCGACCCACCUUCCCUCCAAUCCUGGACAGCCACCACCGCCGCCUGCUCCUGGCCGGGAAUCACCUGCACCGACGACGGCGGCGGCGUCACCGAGCUCCUCCUCUCCAACCAAAACAUCACGGUUCCGAUCCCCUCAACGGUCUGCGACCUCAGAAACCUCACCCGCCUGAUCUUGUCAUGGAACUACAUCCCCGGCGGCUUCCCAACCAUUCUCUACAACUGCUCCAAGCUUCAGUACCUCGACCUCUCCCAGAACUACUUCGUGGGACCACUCCCCGGCGACAUCCACCGCCUCUCCACCUCCCUCGCCUUCAUCGACAUCGGCGGGAACAACUUCACCGGCGACAUCCCUUCCUCCAUCGGCAACCUGACCAGCCUCCGCUCUCUGUAUCUCUACCAGAACCAAUUCAAUGGGACUUUCCCUAAGGAGAUCGGGAACCUCGAAAAUCUCGAGGAAUUGGGGAUGGCGUAUAAUGGGUUUGUUCCUUCUCCGAUUCCCCCCGAGUUCGGCCGGCUGAAGAAGUUAACCUACGUCUGGAUUCGAAACGCUAAUCUGAUUGGGGAAGUGCCGGAGUGGUUGGCCGGUAAUUUGAAUCUUGAGCACAUCGAUUUGGCAGGGAACAACUUGGAAGGCGGGAUUCCAAGCGGGAUUUUCACGCUCCCAGAUCUGAAGUUUCUCUACCUCUUCCACAAUGAACUGUCCGGCGAGAUCCCGACGAAGGUGGAGGCGUUGAAUUUGGCGGAAAUUGAUAUUUCAAUGAACAAUCUCACGGGCUCUGUUCCCGGGGAGUUUGGGAAGCUGCAGAAGCUGGAGAUUCUGAAUCUAUUCAACAACAAAUUACACGGGGAGCUUCCCAGCAGCAUCGGCCUGCUUCCAUCGCUGAAAGAGAUCAAGAUAUUCACCAACAACUUCACCGGGGAACUGCCGCCGGAGAUGGGUUUACAUUCACGGCUCGAGAUUUUCGAUAUCGCGACGAACGGAUUCUCCGGCAAGCUCCCGACGAAUCUCUGCGCUGGAGGGGUGCUUGCUGGGCUGGUUGCGCAAUCGAACCAUUUAAGCGGAGAGGUUCCUAGUUCGAUCGGGGAUUGUGGGACUCUGAGAACGGUUCAGCUCUACGGCAACAAUUUUUCAGGGGAGGUUCCGUCGGGGAUAUGGACAGCGGUCAACAUGACGUACUUGAUGCUGAGCGACAAUUCAUUCUCCGGCGCACUCCCGGCCUCCAUAGCCUGGAAUCUGUCGAGAUUGGAGCUUAACAACAACAGGUUUACAGGGCCGUUACCCAAAGGAGUCGCGAAUUGGAAAGGCCUGGUUGUUUUCGAAGCCAGCAACAAUCAGAUCUCCGGCGAGAUCCCGGUGGAAUUAACCAGCCUUUCAAGUCUAACCACACUCCUACUAGAUGGGAAUCAGCUGUCCGGCCAAAUUCCAUCCACGAUUCUGUCUUGGAGAUCGCUCUCCUCUCUGGAUCUCUCGAGAAACAAGCUCACCGGCUCAAUUCCGCCGGCGGUCGGGGACCUACCCGACCUCCUCGAUCUGGACCUUUCCGAAAAUCAACUCUCCGGCGAUAUCCCCAAGGAGUUCAGCAAUCUCCGGCUAACCGCCCUCAAUUUGGCGUCAAAUCAACUCUCCGGGAAAAUUCCAGACGAUUACAACAAUCUCGCUUACGAGAACAGCUUCGCAAACAACUCGAAUCUCUGCGCCGUGAACCCAGUUCUAAACCUUCCCAACUGCAGAAACCGAGGCGGCGGAAUCAACGGCGGCAGCUCGAGCAACAGACUUUCCCCAAAGUAUCUAGCCAUGAUCCUCGCGCUGGCGGUGAUCGUAUUCCUGUUCGCCUCUCUGGUCACAUUCUCGGCCAUUAGGGAUCUGAGAAGGAAGAAGCACAGACGAGAUCUCGCGGCAUGGAAGCUGACGUCGUUCCAGAGGGUGGAUUUCACGGCGGCGAACGUUUUGGCGAGCCUGACGGAGAGAAACGUAGUGGGAAGCGGCGGGUCGGGUAAAGUUUACCGGAUUCCUUCCAACAGGGAAGGGCAGUUCUUGGCCGUGAAGCGGAUUUGGAGCAAUAACUUGGAGCUUGACGAGAAGCUGGAGAAGGAAUUUGCUGCGGAGAUUCAAAUCCUGGGCACGAUCAGGCACGCCAACAUAGUCAAGCUGUUGUGCUGCAUUUCGAGCCCCGAUUCGAAGCUGUUGGUGUACGAGUACAUGGAGAAUCGGAGCCUCGACAGGUGGCUCCACCGCGGCGAAUUGGCGUCGGAGACGAAUGCUGCUGAUGUGCUGGAUUGGCCGACCAGGCUGCAGAUCGCGUCUGGAGCUGCACAGGGUCUCUGCUACAUGCACCACGAGUGUUCUCAACCGAUCCUUCAUAGAGACGUGAAAUCCAGCAACAUCCUUCUGGAUUCUCAGUUCAAACCUCGAAUCGCAGAUUUCGGGCUGGCGAAGAUAUUGUCCAAGUCUGGAGACCCUGAGACUGUGUCUGCGGUAGCAGGCUCGUUCGGAUACUUCGCUCCAGAGUAUGCUUACACGACGAGAGUGAAUGAGAAGAUCGACGUGUACAGUUUUGGAGUGGUGCUACUAGAGCUGGUGACUGGAAGGCAGGCAAACUGCGGAGGAGAGAACACUAGCCUGGCAGAAUGGGCAUGGCGGCAAAUUGGAGAGGGCAAACCAGUAGAAGAUUGUCUUGAUCAGGAGAUCAAGGAAGAGAGCAAUGUAGAGGAAAUGAUGACAGUGUUCAAGUUAGGGUUGAUAUGCACGAGCACAAUGCCAUCGACGAGACCCUCGAUGAAGGAGGUCGUGCAAGUUCUGAGGAGACUGUGUCCGAUAGAGUACGAGAAGAACGGGGAGAAGAGGAACUACGACAGCAAGGGUGGUCGCGAGUUCGACGUGGCCCCUCUGCUUGGCAAUGGGGUUGCCUAUCUAGCUAGUUACAGGCGGAGCAAGAAGGUGACAGACGUUGAUAUUGAUGACACCUACAGCGUCUGA